AUGCAGUUCUCUAUCACCGCCGUUCUCUUUGGCCUCGUCGCCAUCUCCUCUGCCGCCAUCACCGAUGUAGAGGGCGUCCGCAAUACUCCCCGCAACGUCAUCGAGACUCGCCAGGCACCUAACGGCGCGUGCUGUUUCCCCAACCAAUCUUUGAAGCAGGACGCUUGCACCGUCAAUGGUGCCGCUGGCAAGUGCGUGCCUGGAGGUCCAGCUGCAUGCAAUGGCGCCCUGAACUGCGUUGCAAACGACCAGUUGGUGUGCGACAACAACGUUCCGGAGCGAUCUGGCGUCCUGUGCCGCUUCCAGGCGGCCAAUGGCAGAAUCCAGGAUGGUGCUCAACAGAUUACUAGCUUGUCCCAGGCCAAGGUCAACUAG